GAUCUGAGUUAGAUAUUUUCACCUGAAAAUAUCCCUUCCUACGAUAUUUGCGAAUCCACAUCAUUUAUUCAAACGGAUGAAACCUUUCCCAUACGCUUGUUUAUUUAACUCAGUACUGAGUCAGAGUCCUUCACAUUCAAGAUCUCAGUAGCAGCUUGCGGAUUCAGCUAAAAAUGGAUGGUUCUUACCCGCUUGCAGAGGAAGGCGUGAACUUGAACGAGUGGGAGCAAAUUCAACCGCCGUCUCUUAGUAACAAUACACCACCACUUCCCUCUAUUCCGCCAAGUGAAUGGGAUAUGGUUGCCAUAAGAGACAAUUAUCUCCAAGAUAGCCUCUCCUUUUUUCCUCCAAAUCAGCAUGAAGGUUUACCGGUUUCUCCACAAGAUGAAGAAGAACCAAAUUUGCCGUUAGGCCCAUCACCGUCGUCAUCAGCUGUAUCGUCGUCGAGUGCGGAGCUGAAGUCAGGAGAUGUGAAUGAUGUUGGGAGAGUCUUGAGUGUGCGUUCCACGAUUCUGUACUCUGGGAUUGUUAGGAUUGCUGCUAAGGUUCGUUACUAUACGGCGAAUCUAGUGGGGUUUCGGUCGUUUUUGUCGGUGACCGGAGUUGUUGCGGCGGUGGUGCUUUCUUUGCUGUACGCUAGGAUGCGGAGAUGGCGUACAAGAGUUCAGGAAGAGAACAAUCGCCUAAUUCUGUUAAUCAAAGACAAAGACCAGAAGAUUGGGCAGCUCCUAAUUCAGCUUGCACAGAUGAACGAAUUCUUGUCAGCACGCGGCAGGGUCCCGGUGAUUCGAAUUCGUUGAUUGAAGAUAACACUCUAAACUUUGAUGUUCCAGAACGAAUUCCACACAUAAACUUGUAUAUGCAUAAAGCCAUAGAAAGCCAAAUACUCAUAUUUGUAAGGUAUUUUUUCUUUUUGACCAAAAUAAUGAUGUGAAUCAUAGGACUAGCCAUAAAAUGUAAAGGACAUUUGGCUUGAAUUAAUAAUACAAAUUAUGAUACAAUCUAAGAUCAUAAAUUCCAUC